AAUCCGUAACAGGAAGGUGGGUCUGUCUGACCGCAAAUCCAGUCGUGUUUGAAGUCGGAAUUUUGAGAGAUCGAUGAUUUUCAGACUUGGAUUAGAUUACUAAUUACUGUACAAUUACUAUUGUACUAGUACGUAGAUUUUAGAUUUAUUCAUCUUCUUGCUUCUCAUGGUCAAAACCGUGUUUUCUGUUCACUUUUUUCUAGGCAAACGCCCGUGCAAGAACGAUUCUUGAUUUUGAUUUCGGUCGUCAUUUCCUCCCCGGAGCAACCACUAUUGUAACAUCCAUCUUUGAGAAGAAAACAAAGCAAAAGACAAAUGCACCAUGCCCGAAGUCUAUGAUCCUGCAAUUACCGGAGGAGGAAAYGGGUUUCGAUCGCGUCGCCGAAGAAAGAGAAAAUUCUCCGUAGGCAAUUCCARUUCCAGUUCCAAUGGCAAUGGAAAUGCUAGAAGCAACACCAAUGACCUCCGUGUUUCUAACUCUACCGAUGAUCCUCUAUCAGRRCUGYACUCAAUUCCUGGUCAGAAGCCUCCGUCGAUCCCGAAAAGUGGCUGUAGCAUCAAGAACCGACAGCAUCGAGAUCGGGAACAGCACGGGAACGGGACAAUCAAAACGAAGCCCAAAACGAAACCGCAGGCACAGGAGCACACACAUUCCGCUUUGAGAAGCGACCCACUCGAAUUUGAUGAUUGCACAGAUGGAAAUGUUAGUACAAGCAGUGACAAUACCAUGACAAGGAACAAAGCUAUCGGUGCUUCCAAACAGAGACGCGAAGACGCCCGAGAGAGCCCCUUCUUYUCGCCAUCGGCGAUGCAUAAAGCCGUCGUGACAACCAAACAGACCGCUGAUAGAAAUAUAGAUGAUGCCACAGUUGUCAAUGUGUCUGAAAUUGAUGCUAUUGGUACUGGUGAUACUGGUGCUCUUGCUGAUUCUACUACUAUGGACGGUGCCUCUGCCGCUGGUCCUUCGYUUGACCACAACUACGCAAUCGCUCUCGACACACGAUACCUCGACAGCCCGUCCGGAAGAGACGAUUGGAAUCACCUUCGAAGAGGGGUACAGGAAUUUCUUCGUUCUACCUUUCGCCGCCGGGGCUUUUCGGUGAGCCACAUCGCAUGGACUACUAGUAGUACUCGUACCGGCUCCACCGACGGUAGUUUUUGCAACCAAGCCACGAGGAAAACCACUAGGAUCGUCGGCAACRGUAGCGGCGGUGCAACUCGAAUCACGUGCRAAUGGUCUCCAAACGAAAACGAAUUGGAUGCUAUUCUAUCUUCGAAGAUACAGGGGGCGCCCUUCCGACCACCCAUCAAUGAUGGAAACACGAAGAACAGAUCCUUUGUUCACCUCCCGAAGGGGCUGAUGGCAAAUGACUCUUGGAACGUCUUUGGAGAUCUCGGUACGCAGUCCAUUCCACGAGAUUGCGUUGAAUUGGAAUGUAUUGUAUUGCAUUGUGCUGUGGGGUGUUGUGUGUUGUUGUGUGGUGUUGUGCCUGGCCUGCAUUGUGUUUUGAACCUUUUGGUGGGUCACCCUGCUGCACCACACAGAAACGCGCUCAUAGGCUAGUAUAACCGAACUUUCGUUGCUUUGUUUUUGUCCUCUCGCGAAAUUGUGYCCAAAGUCACUGCUAUUUGUGACGAUUGCUACAAGAGAAACCAAAGCACUGCUGCUGUUCCACAACCAAAUACCRGAAACAAAAGCGAACGAUCCCCGUCAUCAAUAAGAACAGGAGCGGAAAUAACGUCGCCCCGAAUUGCUAUUUUUACCAGCGACGCUUCGGCGUUCUUGGACAGAAAUGUACCAGGUCAUCAGCGCGGGAUCGAUGCAUUUUGGAAAAAAAUACACGGACAGCCACAGCAACAAGCCUGGCGAAAGACUCGGAUCCAGAGCGUCGAAAUCGUAGUGGUCACCGGAGAAACUACUGUCCGUGUAGUGCAGCAACCAAACAAUGAUGUGAAGGACACCAAUCUCCCCAACAGUCAGGAUGGAAAAGAUCAAAAAAGCGAGAGSAGAUGCGUAGCCGAYGGAAGCGAGGCCGAUAACCUUCACAAUCAUAUGGAAGGAGCCAACACGAACUACAUAUAUUACUCUAGCAGCGUCCGCGAUCCUAACGACAGUGAUUCCGAUGAGUCCUCUUCGGCAUGCGGGGUGGACAAAAAGAGGUUGGAUGCCAUUGUCCAUACAUUGAAUCGGYACAUCGAAAACAAGGCCGAGCAAGAUUUCAAGGCGAAUCGUAGCCGCAUUCAAUUCGAUCCUGGGUUCGUCGAACACUAUUCACGCAUAGAUAUUGCUUUGUCCAUUGUCGAGAACAGCACUUUUGCAUGCUCAGCAAAAAGCUUUUGGCUUUUGUGCCAGAAAUGGUCUCGAAAUGCGUGUCGUCGAAUGAUCACUGCUGCGAAAGGAAAGGCUGAAAUCUCUGGUCUCCAGCAGUCGUCCUCUUCAUUGCCAAUGAUAAGCAUUCAAUUGCCAGAAACAGUCGAUUUCGAUGCGUGCGAAAUCUCGUUCAACGUAUACUACAAGCACAUGCCUUUUCGGUUGGAUUCCAUUCGAGCAAAACAAGCGUUCAAUGACCUAGCAAUAUUGGGUAGCAGCAGAGCCAGGAUGAAAAUCCUUCGGCUCGUACCUAUAGAUUCCAUCAAUGCGUCGUUGCUCUUCGGCAUCCCCGUCGGUAUAAAAGCAGCAAUAUUGCUCGCAGAGGACGAGGGCGAACACCGUGAAAAAGUCCUCAUGGUGCAAUCGCUCUUGAAAACUUUAGCGGAUAGAGACUGUGCCCUCCUACUUCGUUUCGUGGAUGACGGCGGUCUCUGCCACGAUACGGUCGAUCCAAGUGGCGAAGGAAUCUUMGAUUCUUCGAGGGAAGUCCAGCAUUUUUUCCUCAUGCCCGACUUGGUUUUUUCCAAAGAAGGGCCUGCUUCACCGAGGACCGGUGUUCUACAUCGAGUGGCCAGUGCAGAUCACAUACUAGAGGAAACUACUGCAUCGGACAUUUUCAUGGCAAGCAACCUUGAAUCAGCUUCUACCACACAAAUUUUGGAGAAUUCGUUUUCAGAAUAUGUAAAAGCAUCUUUGGAUUGUCUKGGAUGCUCUCCAUGGAAUCCAUUGCUCCAAGACGUGCUGCAGAAGAACAAGAUCAGCCCCAACCCURCCGAAAUCAUCGUAAAGAAAGAAAACAGGAUCCCAAAAUACAAUUCGGAUUUUCGAACCACCCUCCUUGGUCGCCGUCAAAAAUCCCCAAUAGACCAAGGUUGUACCGCGGAGAGCGCGGAAGUCUGGAUGAAUGAAUACGGCGUUGGCUCACUUGUACGACAAAAGUCGUUAAGUGAGCAUUCCAACGAAAUGAAGGGUGCGGCGACRUGGGAAGAUUCCAAAGUGUCAGCCAAUGUAGCGAACGUCGAUGGUGACGCAACCUCGACAGAUAUCUCGAAGGGAACAGGUUAUGUCGAUGAGAACAGUACAAAUGCAGACGAAGAGAAAAUUAUCUACUCCUUUGGCACCAGCGGUGCUGGCGUCAAGACAAACCACGCGAAACACAAAAGCAAUGCAGUGAAAAGCGUCGGAUCUGAUUUGGAUUCAAGUGAUAAUACCUCCGUUGGGAUUUCUUUUGAUGACUCGGAUGGUURUUCUUCUUCUAGUAGUACUACUAGUACUUGUAGUAGUAGUGCUACUAGUGGUGCUACUACAUUUGGUACAUUUCAUUACGGACGCACUCGAUAAUAGCUAGCCACAUCCGACAAUAUCUCUUGCGACGUACUACUAGUAGAAUGAAUCGAAUUCAUCACC